AUGAGCAAGUGGAUGGCGCUGUUCGGGCUAGUGUGGCUGCUGCGAGUACGCGGAUCUUUAUGCGGAUGUACAGCAUGCAAGCGUGCUCGUAUGGAAACACAGGAGAUCCAAUAUAUUGUGGAUACAGAGCAUCCAUCGAGUCCAAACGAGCAUGCCACUUUUGAUGUCAUCGCUCUACAGAGAUAUACGCGUGACGUCACAGUACAAACGGAUUUUGACGAUGAAGAAGACUUAGACAAAAUCGAGCUGCAGAUUAAAGAAGAAUCGAACGUUUGUAACAACGAAGGCGGCCGUGAACAAUCGACACUCAGUUCGGAAGCUGUCGAAAAGGUCGCAGGAAGCUUUCAGUAUUUAAUGCAUCAUAGCACGACGAAUCCGGAUGACGUCUGGGAAACGACAGAUGUAACACUAGAGAGGGGUGUUAGUGGUCUAGGAUUGAGUAUAGCGGGUAGUGAAAGCGGUGGUGACGUCAGCAUCACUCGAAUAGCACCGAAUGGCGCAGCUAAAAACGACGGCCGUCUGCAAACCGGGGACGUCUUACUGCAGGUGAACGACAUCUCCGUAGAAGGUGCUCCACAUUCUGUUGCAGUAGAUGCUUUACAAAAGGCUGGAAAUGUUGUUAGAUUGAAAGUUCGAAGAGCGCGUAGAGCCAUGGUUGUUACACUUUGUCGUGGAAUACGAGGGCUAGGAUUAGGAAUCGCUGGUGGAGCAGACGAUGCGGCAGGAGGUGAAGGGAUUUUUAUAUCUCACAUUGCCGUUGGAGGUGCCGCUCACCAUGACGGUCGCUUGAAACUAGGAGAUAAAAUUUUAGCUGUCCGAGAUGAAAACGGAACUGAAACAUCAUUGAUAGGAGUAACCCACGCUAAAGCAGUGUCAGCGCUGCGUAGUACAAGAGAUCAUGUCACAUUAGUGGUUUUGCCAGCAGCAGGCUCUAUUCCUCCCGUUGCAAGAACUGCUCCUCUUUAUUCUACGAGAACUCAGGCUACAUCCUGCUCGACUCUACAUGAUCUGUCUGAAGAGGAGCUCAAUAAAAUACCAAGGUGUGUGCGAAUGGUACGUCUUGUGCGUACGGGUUCCCGAUUAGGAAUGGACAUAGUAGGAGGUUUGGGUGGCGAAACUGAUGGCAGCAUUGGAGAGGAAGAUGACACAUGCGGUGUCUUUGUGUCUGGUAUUUCAACAGAAGGGGCAGCAUAUGGAUUACUACAUAGGGGAGAUAGAAUACUGAGUGUUGAUGGACGUGAUCUAACUCGUGCAACACACGAACAAGCGGCAGCUGCUUUAAAGUACUCCGGCAAUGCAGUUACUGUUGCCGCCCAAUACCAACCGGAGCAUUAUGAGAGAUUGCGCGCUCGUAUACGGGCUAUUAACGCAGUGGCCAUGUCUCCACACGCACACUCGCACAUUGCCACACACAUCCCAGUUCAUCCCGAUGUCCAUGCAAUUUAUCCAAGGUAA